AUGACGGAAGAGCAAGAGCUCCUAGCGAAAAUUGGCCAGCUGGCUGGCCAAAUCAACCAACACAAGAACCAGCGACUACAGAGCCAGUCCCCUGCGUCCACAAGCUACAACGCCCGCCAUCCUCGUGCUGGAUGGGCUCCGUACCGUGCCAGGGGCUCUCAGCGGCGUCCAGUAUCGCAUAGGAAUCGUACAUUGAUUCUCAACAACAACUCGGCAGCAUCUUCGUCGGAUGCAUCCAAAACGCCUGCUCUGUCCGAUGCGACAGAAACCGUUACGCCACCGCCAGGUUCUAAUGGCUGGGUCGCUAAGCGUGAUCGUCAUAUGCAGCUAAUCAACUCGUCCAUCUACGACAAGGAAGCACAAGCGCGAACCAGGGCUAUUGCUGAGACCGAGAAAACAAAGCGCGAGAAAAGGGCCCAGGCUGAAGAGGCCAAAGUCAUGCGAUAUGCCCAGGGGGUUCGCAGUGCGCCUACCUCCCACAUUCCUGGGCGUGAUGCUGUUACGAAUCAGCCCUCUUCAUAUCAGAUCUACAUACACGAUGCACCUUUCCAGGUUGUGCGAGGUGGGAGCAAACUGAUCAGACAAUCGAACAAUCCCAAAAACGCAAAUGCUACGCCUAAGAAAGUUGUCGUCGGUGGCGUGACGUUUGUUCGCAGCAAGAAAGGCAACCUUCACCGUUUGGGCGCCGUGGUGGCUAAAAGAUCCCCUGUUUGUGUCCAUUUUCUGCGAGGUCGCUGCUCAAAUCCUGAAUGUCGCUAUACCCAUGUCCGCGUCACGCCUGGAGCACCUGUCUGCCGUGCAUUUGGAAUAUUGGGGUAUUGUGAAAAGGGCGAAAAUUGCCCAGACCGCCAUGUCUACGAAUGCCCUGACUAUGCCAACACUGGAAGCUGCAAGAAAAAGAAAUGCACCUUGCCACAUAUUGAUCGCGCAGGGCAAAUUCGCAAAGCUGCUGCUGCCACCACUACUAAGUCAGGGAUGGCUCUUGCUGAGGGCGACGCAGACGAAGAGGAUGUGUCUAGUGAAGAAGAAGAAGAGUAUGAUGAAAUCGACUCGGACGAUGUCGAUUCUGACGAGCUUGACUCGGACGAUGAUGAGCCCAUGGUCGAGUUUAUUGAAGGCGGUACUGACGAUAAAGAACUGUCGGGGCAGCAGGACUUUGUCCAUUUUUGA